UGACGUUAUUUACACGGUUUACACGUACUACAACUUGUUGUCGAAGGUCCAUCGUCUCAAACGGUCAAUCAGAUAGGUUGCAAUGCCCAGCGAUCUCGACAGGCAAAUAGAGCAGCUCACACGAUGUGAACCCAUAUCCGAGGAACAGGUCAAACGGCUCUGCUUCAAGGCCCGUGAGAUCUUGAUAGAAGAAGCAAACGUUCAAGCCGUGGACUCUCCUGUGACGAUCUGCGGCGAUAUCCAUGGGCAGUUCUUUGAUCUUAUGGAAUUAUUCAAGGUAGGCGGGUUUUGCCCGGAAACGAACUACCUUUUCAUGGGUGAUUUCGUGGAUCGCGGCUUCUACAGUGUCGAAACGUUUCUCCUCCUCCUGGCACUCAAAGUCCGCUAUCCAGAACGAAUCACGUUAAUCCGGGGCAACCACGAGUCACGGCAGAUCACACAAGUUUAUGGGUUCUAUGACGAGUGUCAGAGAAAAUAUGGCAGCACCAACGUGUGGAGAUGGUGUUGUGAGGUCUUUGACUAUCUUGCGUUAGGCGCGAUCGUGGACGGUAGAGUUUUUUGUGUCCAUGGCGGACUCAGUCCAAACCUGCAGGCUAUUGACCAGAUACGCGCUAUUGAUCGAAAACAGGAGGUUCCUCAUGAUGGUCCAAUGUGUGACCUCCUUUGGUCCGAUCCAGACGAUAUAAGUGGCUGGGGCCUAUCUCCGCGGGGCGCUGGUUUUCUCUUCGGCGCCGAUAUUACUAAAACCUUCGCGCACCACAACUCUAUUGAUCUCAUCGCGCGGGCCCAUCAACUCGCCAUGGAAGGAUACAAGCUCAUGUUCGACAACAUGAUAGUGACAGUGUGGAGCGCACCCAAUUACUGCUAUCGGUGGGUGCUGAUCAAAUUAAUAUCCUGCUUCCGGUUCGGCUUUCGUAACAUAUCAUGCUUUUUUGACAGGUGUGGUAAUGUAGCUUCGAUUCUCGAGCUAGAUGAACGCCUUGCUCAAGAAUACAAAGUUUUCCAACAUGCGCCCUCGGACGUACGCUCCAUCCCAGCAAAACGACCUCCUGCAGACUACUUCCUCUGAAUGGAAAUUUUGUCUUUCUGAUUAGAAGGUUACCUUAUUGGCAACGACUGCCUGCCGCGUGUCUUGGACAUGCCAUAACGGCGACUUUCUCAUCAAACAGUGCAUCCGAACUAUUGUCCGUUGCUUCUAGGGUCUGUGUGGGGCGUAGCGUGGUUAGCUGGAGGUCCAACAAGUGGAGGUCGACGAGGUGCCUGGCUCC